AUGGCGCGGCUCGGGCUGGAGGAGGGCGACCUCGUGCUGCUGACCAGCACGUCGCUCCCCAAGGCCACGUCCAUCAAGCUGCGGCCGCACACCACCGACUUCCUGGGCGCCAAGGACCACAAGGAGCUGCUCGAGGACAACCUGAAGAACUACUCCACGGUCACGGUCGGCGACACCAUCACCGUCGCCGAGGGGGACAAGCGGUACCUGCUCGACGUCGUCGAGGCCACGCCCGCCGACGCCGUCUCCACCCUCGACACCGACUGCGAGGUCGACUUCGCGACGCCGCUCGACUACGUGGAGCCGCCGGUUGCUCCCGCGCCGGUGAAGGUCGCCGCCGCCCCAUGCCAGGACUGCGCCCACGGCGGCGAGCGGCGGUUCGCCGGCGUCGGGAUAAGGAUGGACGGGAAGCCCGUGGAGCAGACGCCGCCCCCUGCGCCGGCGCCGGCGCCGGGAUCUUCGGGCAAGGGGAAGAGUGCUAGUGAGAAUGUGCUUCGGUUCUUCGGCGGCCGCCGCUUGCCGCCCCAUGGCGCCAAAUCGGCGAAGAAGGUGGACGGCGAGGAGGACAAGGAUGCCAAACGGUUCGCCGGCCAGAAGUAUACCCUCUAG